AAGUUUCUCCACUAACAGAAGAGUUUUUUCCUCCAAGGAGCCUAUUUAUGGAUUGUUUUGCGGCGGAUCUUUCAGGUGGACCAUCUCCCUGACUUCUCAUGAGAGGGGAGUGAAUUCUCGGAGCCCUCUCUGGCCCUGCGUCCUCUCAGGUGGGAGAUGUCUGAGGAAAAUCUGGGGGAAGAGUCGGGAAGCUCCCCCGUCUCUCCUGUGGACAGCCUGAGCAACAGCGAGGGGGAGCCGGACAGGCGGCCGAAGAGAAGCGGCGGGAGGAAGCGGAGGACGAGCAGGAAAAGCGGGGACGACUCGGACAGCCCGACCCCGGGGAAGAGAGGCAAGAAGUCCGGCAGCAGCAGCCCCCAGUCCUUCGAGGAGCUCCAGUCGCAGCGCGUCAUGGCCAACGUGCGGGAGCGACAGAGGACCCAGUCCCUGAACGAGGCGUUCGCGGCCCUGCGCAAGAUCAUCCCCACGCUGCCCUCGGACAAACUGAGCAAAAUACAGACCCUUAAACUCGCGGCCAGGUACAUCGACUUCCUCUGCCAGGUGCUGCAGAGCGACGAGCUGGACUCCAAGAUGUCAAGCUGCAGCUAUGUGGCUCACGAGAGGCUGAGCUACGCCUUUUCCGUUUGGAGGAUGGAGGGCGCUUGGUCCAUGUCUGCAUCUCACUAGCAUCUGGAGACGUUUUGUUCUCUCUCUUUCUUUUUUUUUUUUCCUGCCCAAAAUGGUAUGACUGCUGAAUCUGCUUCUCAAAUUCUGAAGGGACAUUCUGGAGUCCAAUGCUGGAAACAUGGGAUCACUCAAACCAAAGACGACUCUGAGGCUCUGCAUGCGUGGGGACCAUUUUGAAAUAUAUAAAUAUAUAGAGAGGCCCGGAGGCCGGGCCCCCAUUCUGAUGAGCUUCAAUGUUGUUGACGAAGAAUGUUGGAAAUAUAUGUUUUGUUUUUUCUUUUAUUCUGUCUUUAUUUUUGUUGAAUGCAUACAUUUUGACUUUUUUUUUUAAUGAGACCAAAUUGCCUAUAGCUGAUGGGUGACUUUGUGGAACUAACCUGUGCAACAACAAAAAGAAGAGAGAAAGAAAGAGGAAAAGUUUCAGAAUGCAUUUAUUUAUUUAUUGAAGAAACCUGUUAUCUUGAGAAAUAAAUCCUGUGUCUGGAA